AUGCCUGAAGGAAAAGUAACAGAAAUUAGAGAGUUGGGUGAUACCAAACUUUUCAAGCCAAUCCAAGUUGGACCUCAUACUUUAAGUCAAAGGAUUGCAUUUGCACCAUCGACAAGAAGACGUGCAACUGAAGACCACGUGCCCACUGAUCUUCAAUUGGAAUAUUAUACGGCAAGAGCCCAGUACCCCGGAACAUUGAUAAUCACUGAAGCUACAUUUGCUUCAGCUGAAGGAUCAGGCGGUGCUUUUGUUCCAGGAAUCUUUACUGACGAACACGUUAAAGGUUGGAAAAAGGUUACUGAUGCUAUCAGAAAGGAGAAAUCAUUCUCAUCAGUGCAAUUAUGGCAUCUUGGCAGAGUUGCUGAUCCCGGAUUAAUGAAACAAAAAGGCUUACCAUUUGCAGCUCCUUCGGCAGAGUACUUCUCGGACGAGUCUAGAGAGUUGGCGAAGAAGGUGGGCAAUGAAUUGAGAGCAUACACUGAAGAAGAAAUUGAAGAUAUGAUCAAUAGACAAUACCCAGAAGCUGCAAAACGUGCACUUGAAGCAGGAUUUGACUAUGUUGAAAUCCACUCUGCUCAUGGCUAUACCUUGGACCAAUUUUUGAACCCAGUUAGCAACAAGAGAACUGAUCAAUAUGGUGGAUCAAUUGAAAACCGCGCCAGACUCUUACUCGCAAUCAUUGACAAGCUCAUUCCAAUAGUGGGAGCUAACAGAUUGGCAGUUAGAUUAUCACCAUGGGCCAAAUUCCAAACCAGUGCUGCAGAGGGCGAUGAAGUGCACAGAUACAUCCUUCAACAAUUACAAGAUCGUGCCGAUAAAGGCGACGAGCUAGCUUAUAUCUCGCUUGUUGAACCUAGAGUCCAAGCCAGUUAUGACGUGGAUGAAAAAGAUCAAACAGGACAAAGUAAUGAGUUUGCUUUGAAUAUUUGGAAAGGUAAGUUUGUUCGUGCUGGAAGUUAUACUUAUGAUGCACCAGAGUUUAAGACCAUGUUGAAGGAUUUGGACAAUGACCGUACCUUGAUUGGGUUUUCGAGGUUCUUCAUCUCCAACCCAGAUCUUGUCUAUAAAUUGAGGAAUGGUAUUGCCUUGACAAAUUACGAUAGACCAACCUUUUAUAACCAAGACAACUGGGGGUAUAACACAUGGAACUCGCAUGAAGAAGGUGACAAGACUUUUAAUGAGGAGGCAGAAAGAAAGAGACUUGGAGUUGCAUUAGCUUAA